AUUUUAAUCCAUGGCACCUCCUCGCUCCUCCAUCCUCGGCUGUGUUUAUUUUCCUAAUAACUCGUCCCCUCUGUUAAUUUGAAUCAUUUUGAAUGCUGUAGUGUAUUAGUGUAUUUUGUGCUUCCUCAAUAACUAUGUGAAUUUUAAGAGAGCACUCUCUCUCUCUCGCAAUUUUAUCUCUCCUUUAACAAUCUUUUCCCUGUCAUCAUUAUUAUAAUUUAAUUAUUAAAAUUGAGACAACCUAACCUAUGACUGUGCUGUGGGUUAACAAGUGGAUUUAAUUUUUAAAAAAGAACAUAUUCCUCCUGGCUGUGCUAUUUAUUUGAUAACAGUAUUAGAACCCAUCUUUGCUAGUAUGGCAAUCCGAAAGAACUUCCAGUAACGUGAUUAAAUCGACUACAGUAUGCUGGGGAGUGGGUGAAAGGCUAAGCGUUCUCUACUAUCCUCGAGUUGAAAUUACAAUUCUACCUUCUCACUGAGAUGUCUCGUUUCUGUGUGUUCCACAUCAUUAUUUGUGGGAUUUUACUCUUAAAGCAGCCAAUGUGUUCAUGACGCCCCCCGAUAAUCUGCAAAUCGAUGCCUGGAAAAUGAAAGGGAGCGGUGUGCGCCGGAAACGAGCGUGAACGCCAUGUCCGACUUGGCAAAUGGAUUGAAAUCGCCGUUGCUCAGUCACCCCAAAUUGAGUGCUCAUUUUCUAAGGACGAAAAAUUUUUUUCACGUUUCGGCCAUUUUCGUUUUUGCCAUCCUCUGCCUGUUGACAUUUAUCUACAGCAACCAGUCUGUUCGAAAUUCAACGACGCAAACUCUGAAAUUCAUCCCUUCGGCGUAUGAAAGGCCUCUCUCUCAACGCGCUAAAAUUGAAAAUGGAAAUACGUCGCAUAUUUUCGUCAACAGUCGGAACAUCAACAGCAACGUCCGAAACAACCAGUACGAGGGUGAGGAAGAAGAUUACCCGACUAAGAAGGAUUACCGCCAAGAGAUCAAGAAAGUUCUACAAGAAACGAGAGAAGAUAUCCAGGAGGAGUUGUUCGGCUAUCACUAUCCUCCCGGCAUGUCAGCUGAGAAGCUGAUUCCAGAGAAGGGAGGCAAACCACUGCAGAGUGUUAUUAUCACUACAUGGAGGUCUGGCUCCACUUUUCUUGGAGAUGUUUUGCAGAGUGUCCCAGCUACGAUGUACCAUUACGAGCCUCUUCUAGAUUUUGAUAUUCUUCAAAUCAGAGGCGCUCCCAUCGCUGGAGUGGCGCUGAAAAGGCUCAAAAAACUGUUAACCUGCAACUACACUGGCCUUGAGGAGGACUAUCUAAGUUAUGGACAAGAGCAUACUUGGCUGCUUGAGCAUAAUUUUCGACUAUGGAACAAAUGUACCGUGAGGCCUUAUUUGUGCUGGGAACCCCAAUUUUUAAGCCCUUUUUGUAAACUUUUCCCCUUUCAAAUUAUGAAAGUUGUGCGUGUUAGACUGAGUCUUGUAGAGGAACUUCUAGAGGACAAUAACUUGAAUGUGCGUAUACUUUUAAUGGUGCGUGACCCCAGAGGGACAAUGCAAUCGAGGCGACAUCGAGAGUGGUGUCCAGGCCAUCCUGACUGCUGGGACCCCCUUCGGCUUUGUGCUGAUCUCGUAGCUGACUAUAGUGCUGCCCUUCGGUUGUCAGCAAAAUAUCCAAAAAGGUUCAAGGCAAUCCGUUAUGAAGAUUUAUCACUGGAGCCGUACAAAAUGGUCGAGGAGUUGUUCAAUUUUUUUGGUCUGUAUCUGCAUCCAAAAGUGGUCGAGUUCCUCGACACGCAUACCAAGAAUAAUAUUGGCGGUGUCUCGAGUACUUAUCGUGACUCGAAAUCGGCACCAUUCCACUGGCGGACAGAUCUUGACCACUCCCAAGUGAAAUCCAUCCAGAAGGUAUGCAAACCCGCUAUGCACCUAUGGGGGUACGUCCUUGCGCACAACCAAACCCAUCAACGUGUGUUCAAUCCUAUUUUGCCCUCUUUCCAACUUGUGUAAGAAGGGUUUUUUUUUUUUAUUUCAAUGAUUAGAAUCUGCAGAAGCAGCCUGUGUUGUUAGGUGUGUAAAAAAACAUACAACUCAACUCAAUCAACUGUAAGCUGUUUUUAAGUCGCUAAGGACAGUGACACAGGAUUGUGACUGAAACAAGUAUAACGGAAAAAUGGGGAAAGAAGUUACAGUAAGAAAAAAAUCCAAACGAGGAAAAAAUUAACUUAAGUUAUUAUGUACCCAAUUCAAAUUUUUGGAGGGAGUUAUCGUUUCCAUGUUCAAAUUUGCUUGGUCGGCACUCCGCAGUCCACUCUAAUUAGAUACAAUUAUGAAAGAAGAAUGUAAUGUGCAAUGAAAUAUUCUUUCUCUCUAUAACUAUACCUCCUUGAGCUUCCAAAAAGAAAUUAUGCCAUUUUCUCAUUUCUACAUGGUAUUAAUGCUCCUCUUUGACGCAAAAAAAUAAUCAUCCCCUCUCUUAAUGAUUUCCUUUUCUUUUUUUUUUUUUUCAAGAACAUGGGUGAUUAUUGUUUUUCUCUCCCUUCUGGUUUUUUGCAUUUCAUGUGACAAAACUCGUGAAGAGCAAAAAUGUGGACAAAUGAACAAAAAUAUGACAAAUUUUUGUUGUUUUCACUAAAGCUUUUGAUCAAAUUGAUUAUGUUUGGUACUGAACAAAUCUCUCUGAAGGAAACCCUUCUUAAUCAGUUCAUUGUUAGUGUAAGCAAUUCAUUUGUAGGUCAACUUUUCUUUUACUCUUGUUGCAAGUUUUUUUAAACAUAUCGUACAGGCUUUUUAGUUUUUCAGCAGGAUGCCUUCACUGAAGCCUACUUGGAACGUUAGACUCCUUUAGGUCUCUACAAUAUUACACAUCAUGAUCUAAUUUCACUAACAGUGCUUUAUGCACCUCUACUUUCACUCUAUUUUUGAUUAGCAAUAGUUCUCUUAAAUAAGUAAUUUUUAUGUGUAAUUAUUACUUCACGAAGAAUCAAUUUUCGCAUUCUCUCAUCGUAGAGUAAUGUUAUUGAAAGAAAUAAUUUUUACCCCGCAAGUGUAAUGACCUCAUCUCAGUUCCUAGAUCAAUUUUGUUUCCUCAUUACAGGGUGCGGUUGAAUUAAAAAGAAUAUUUUAUUAUGUUAUUGACCGAUCAUGCUGUUUUUUAACUCUACCUCUUAAGUGACACACACAUUGCCUUUAAACUUUUCAGUUUUGUAAAGUGCAAACUAUUGAACACAUUUUGCAUAUGUUUUAGCAUAUUUGACUCUUAUUUUUCCAUCUUUAAUGUUUGGAUGAAAAUGUAUAUCAUCAAAUUUUUUGACAAAAGCAAUUUCUAAGCUGUUUGUAACAUUUCCUUUUGAAACAUAAUAAUUAAAGUUACAUGAAAUAUGCUCGAAGUCUAGGAACUUGUUCAGAUACUACAAGCUUAUGCAUACUUUGUCGUACAGUUUUGAUGAUUUUUUUUCCCCUUUAGAGUGCAGAUGUGUAAUUUUCUCCUUUAUACUUUGUUUUUCGAACGCUCAACGAUCAUCCAUUGAUUGAGUCAUAAUGAAUCUGAAUUUUUUCCAACAACUUUGAAGGAAAGCAAACCUUUUUAAGGGUGUCCAAAUCUUCUAUGAGGAAGCUCACCUUAUUUUCAUUGCUUUUUUAAUUAAAGUUGGCCCAAAAUUCUGGCGUUCCCCAAACAGUUAGACAAUUGUUUAACUUGAGAUAUCUUCUCUUUUUCUAACCCCCUUAAGAAGAGAGGUAAGCAAAUUUUCAGACUGUGCAGCAACUUUGUAUGUUCUCUUGUAAAUUGCUAUUCAGGGGGAAAAAAUUGACCAAUUAUUACCAGCACAUAUCAGGAAAAAUUUUUAAUUUAAAACGAUUAUUACAAAUAAUUGCCAUUACAUGUUAUUUUUUGUUAGAUUGAAACCUAUUAACUCACUGUUCCCCUCCGUUAAAAUCCAAAAAGAGGAUGGGUUGAUUUUUUUUAUUCAGUGUACACAAUUUUCCAAGGUUGAUAAAAGAUUUCUCCUUCAUUUUACUCUAAUCGAUUGAGUACAUUCUCAUAUCAUACUCGAAAUUUGUACAAACGAUAAUUUAUUUAUUUCAGUUUAUUUAUUUCCUAUGUUUAGGUGUAAGUGUUAAUUUUUCAUCGAUCCAAUAUUACAUAAUCAUUGACUCUCUUCAAGUCUCUGCUACGGAAUAGAAAUGCUCUUAUUAAGUCUCUCUGUGCAACAUCAUUUUUCCCCUUCUUCUCUUUUUUUUCUUUUACUCUCAAUUAUGUAAUUAAAGGUAAUCUUAUCUGUGAUCUAAAUUACACACAUUGUGGGGGAAAAUAUUGGUGAAGACUCUCCCCUUACUUGUCUGUAAUUUUCAUGUUUACAGUAGGACAUAGGUUAUCCAGCUGUAUCUUCAUCCUCUGAAGGAUUUUUUUUCUGCCAAGAAAGUAGCAAGUAAAUGUAAGACAGAAAGUAUUUUUUAUUGAACAAAGAUAGAGGAAAGUAUUUGAGGAAAAAAAAAUUAGUUUCUUAGCAAGACCAGCUCUCAGUUUGAAGAUCACUUUAAAUCCUCUGUUUGUUUUAAAUAAACAUAUUUUUUGGCAUCUAUUCAAAUUACUUCUAUUAGUCAACAGCCCUCAUAUCUGAACAGAAUCCCCCAAGGAACCAAACUCCUACUGUAUCCAUUGGCCCAGGUGCGACUCUAAGCAAUAUGGCACAUGUUUUCUAUUCGAAAAUCGUUCACCAAACUUAAAUUUUUGUAACCAAUGCUAAAUAAAAAAAUCAUUACCCCAGUUUGGUUUGGAGUUAAGUAUUCUCGUUUGGCGAAUCGUAUUCUACAUGAAAUAUUAAUGAGGAAACAUGUAUCAAAAUGCUUACAUUUUUACCUUGUCAAGUGAUCCAUUCCCAACCAAAA